AUGGUGAUACAAAAAAUCUGCUGUUUAGGAGCUGGUUAUGUCGGCGGUCCAACCUGCAGUGUUAUAGCACUGAAAUGCCCCAAUAUUAAGGUAACGGUUUGCGACAAAAGCGAAGAGAGGAUAAAGCAAUGGAACUCUGAUAAGCUACCGAUUUACGAGCCUGGCCUAGACGAUGUAGUCCGCGAAUGUAGAGGUAAAAAUUUAUUUUUCUCAACGAACAUCGCCGAAAGCAUUCGGGAAGCCGAUUUAAUAUUUAUAUCCGUUAACACGCCCACGAAGACAAUAGGUAAUGGGAAAGGGCGAGCUGCAGACUUGAAGUACAUAGAGAGCGCAGCCCGCAUGAUAGCGGAUCUGGCCACCAGCAAUAAGAUUGUCGUCGAGAAAUCGACUGUUCCAGUCAAAGCUGCUGAAAUUAUUAUGAAAAUCCUUCGUGCCAAUACCAAACCUGGCGUUGAGUACCAGAUCCUGUCGAACCCUGAGUUUUUAGCAGAGGGAACCGCUAUAGUUGAUCUUGUUGAGGCUGAAAGAGUUCUGAUCGGCGGGGAAGACACCCCAGAAGGCCAGAAAGCUGUUCAGGAACUAUGCUGGGUGUACGAACACUGGAUCCCGGCGAAGAACAUCCUGACAACCAAUACUUGGAGUUCAGAGCUGUCUAAACUUGCAGCAAAUGCCUUCCUUGCCCAACGAAUAUCGAGCAUCAACUCGUUAUCAGCUGUCUGUGAAGCAACAGGUGCUGAUGUGUCAGAAGUGGCCAGAGCUGUUGGUAGGGACUCUCGUAUUGGCCCCAAGUUCCUUGAGGCUUCCAUCGGCUUUGGGGGCAGUUGUUUCCAGAAAGAUAUAUUAAAUUUGAUUUAUUUGUGUGAAUGCUUGAAUCUGCCAGAAGUGGCAGCCUACUGGCAGCAAGUGGUGAGCUUAAACGACUACCAGAAGACCAGGUUCACUCGGAAAGUAAUUGAGGCACUCUUCAAUACAGUAUCAGAUAAGAAAAUAGCUAUACUCGGAUUCUCAUUCAAGAAGAACACAGGGGACACAAGAGAGUCUCCUGCCAUAUAUGUCUGCAGUACGUUAUUAGACGAAGGUGCAAAGCUGCACAUUUAUGAUCCGAAGGUGGAGCACGACCAGAUAUACUAUGAGCUGACCAAUCCCUAUGUUACCUCAGAGCCUGAGAAAGUACGGAAAAACAUUACGAUCCACGACUCAGCCUAUUCAGCGAUAUCAGGGGCUCACGCCAUCAUCCUAUGCACGGAGUGGGACGAAUUCAGGAGCCUGGACUUCAAGAAAAUCUACAACAACAUGAUGAAGCCGGCAUACCUGUUUGACGGGAGGAAGAUUCUGGACCACGAUAUGCUGAUCAACAUUGGCUUCCACGUUCAGACAAUAGGGAAGAGGCUCUCCAGGACUAACAGCAUUAGAGCCCAAGGCAGUCAGACCAUGCCCUGAGAGAUAUUGCGAAUACUAUUUAAUAAGGAUACUUAUACAUAUAUAUAUAAAAUGAGGAGUGAUAGGCUGUUUGGUUCAAGCAACAUUCCGCUUAACACGCGACAUUUAUCUUUGUAAUUAAAGGUCCGUUUUAUUUGAUAUUAACAUCGACGGUUCAAUGUUUUUAAUUGAACUUCAAUUAAGAUUAUUCCAUAGAAAUAGCUGAAGUAAUUUUUUUUUUUUUUUUUUUCUCUCUACGAUAUUUCUUACAAAUAUCAAACUUUAAAUUGUGGACACUGGACGAUUCACUCAAACAGUCUUCUUAUCAAAAAGGGGUUUCAAAGAAAGCCAAAUAAAACGAACCUCCAAGUGAUUUAAUUAUUAUUAUUAAUAUAACAUUUGAGAUCAUUGAACAUUUGCAAAAGUCUGUGGCGCGGGGCAACAUUACUAGUAUUGUUAUCUAUUGGCGACAAUCAUCAAUCAACAUAUUAUGUGAAUUAUUUUUUAAACCUAAGCUGAUAACCUUGAGAGGCUAUUUCAGCGUAACCUUAACUAGUAGGUGAGCUCACGGGGCUCAAAUCUGACGACGUUGCUAACACUGGCCCUAGCAAUAGCAGUGCUUCGCAGAAUCUACCACCGGAUCGGAAACGCGACCCACUGAGAAGAUCCGCCGAGAAACUCAGUGGGCUGUGUCUGUGGGUUAAUUUACUCGUCGAGCCCUUUGUCGCGAGCGACGGGUUCGACGAGAACGUUGACCGGGGGGAGUUCUAAUUAAUAAGAUUUCUAACAAUACUAAAGAAAUGGCUCCCUCCUGUAAUGUUGUAAAAAAUUGCUGAAACCAAAUAGUCUUUCACCAUUCGAUACAUAAAUAAUUAAAGUUAGAACGUAAUCUGUAUAAGUAAAAGCUUUUUCAAUGCAAAGCAUAUUUUAAAAUGCGGUAUAGAAGUGAUUUUGUGAGUAGCAAAUGAAAAAUGGCUGAUUUUAUUAUACACGAAAACAAAUCAUCUCGGAACAGAAACAGUUGAAUGGUACGUAUAUUAGGUGCUCGAACAAUUACUAACUACACCGGGAUUUUGUAGCUACCCCGGGAUUUUCUAACUAUCCCGGAAUUUUCUAACUAUCCCGGAAUUUUCUAACUACCCCAGAAUUUUCUGACUACCCCGAGAUUUUCUAACUUCCCCGAGAUUUGAAUGCCGGCAAGGCCGCAUCACUCACGAAGUGUGAACGAAGAAGGCGUCUAAAACACAUCAGAUAAAGCACGAUUUUCAAACCCUUUGCGGUCUUAAAACGAAUGUAAGACCAUACGUCCAAUGCUUUUGAACUCUAGACUUCAAAGGGUUAAAGAUUUGCAAAAACAACAGCCUGUAUAUAAUACAGCGUGAGCUUACAUGCUCGAUACUUAGAGAUACUCAAAUGUUCCUCAUAAUACAGGGUAUAAGAUUACUGUUUCCAGAAAGAACUUCGAUAAUCAUGCCCAAUGUGAGUGGUGGCAUAAAUAAUCACUUUUCACUUUGAAUUUGAGCCCGCCUAGAUGGCGCCAGUUAGAAUGGGUAAGCCGAUAAGCCUGGGCUUAUUCGUCUCAAUUAGCCGUCGGAGCCCGUGGACAACAACACGUACGCGCUCGGACAAGAUUGAACUCUCAGUUCCGUUGUAACAGUAUUCGUAAAUUUAGUACGUCAUCGUGAUAGGUAUGUAGCUUCGCAAGCUUUUCCAAUUGUAAUUUUAAGUUGCAUCAAUUAUCGCAACUCCAGAGACAUAUGGCCGGAUGUCCGUUGUUUGAACUUUAAUUGUAUCACACUUGAUUAUCUCGUAUAUUAAAUUCUCGUGUUGCUGUGUUUGUUGCCAAACUCUAAAUCGGAAAUGGCUCGACUGAUUCUCACAAAAUUUCCGGCAUAGACGUAGCCCACUGAGUUUCUCGCCGGAUCUUCUCAGUGGGUCGCGUUUCCGAUCCGGUGGUAGAUUCUGCGAAGCACGGCUCUUGCUAGGGCCAGUGUUAGCAACGCACCCAGUUUGAGCGCCGUGAGCUCACCUGCACGUCAAGGCGAAGCUGAAAUAGCCUGAAAUUUUGUGUGCACAUCGGGUAGGGUUGAGAUUCGGUAGCUGGAAGGGGAUUUGGGCCACCAGUGAUCAAUCUAUUAAAAAAAAAGUUGUAUGUGGUCACUUAUGACCCCUGAUCAAAUCGUUCUCAAUGCUAUCUUCUCGAGAACCCGUGAAAAAAACCACGUAUUUUUGGCUAAAAACCGGAUCACCCGACCAUACGUCUCUGAUGUCGAGAUUUCGCUUUUUUUUAAUUAUCUUAGUAUUUUAAUUUAAAAACGAAAAAAAACCUUGACCGGAUUUUGGCUUCGAAAAUGAAGGAGCUUAGCGCGAUUUUUCAAAAGCAAUAAAAUCUCUCUAUAGCCUCUAUGAAGAUGAUAUUGAUAAACAUUACCAUACUCAUCUUGUACACAAAACUAAUCCAUAGGCACAGCCAUAGACUUUCUAGCCAGAUCUUCUCAGUGGAACAUGAUUCUGAUCCGAUGGUCAUCAUGCAUUGUGAGAAUUCAAAAAUAUGGAGACAGGUUUGACUUAAUCGAUGUAAAUUCUCAAUUGCUUAUGAUUGUAUUGAUUAAGGAACUAUAUCGAGGGGUGUUUGGUUCAAGCAACAGUUCGCUUAACACGUGACAUUUAUCUUUGUAAUUAAUACGCUUUUAUUAGCUUCAGACGUAUGUGUUAGUAUGUAACGGAAUCUUUGAACAUGAUUUUGACCCCCUUCAAAACGUCGGAUUAACUCGAAAUUUGGUAUACUUAUUAAGGACCGAUGAGAAUUCAAUAUUAAAAAAAUAUUUGUAAAAAUAUAAAUUCAACUAAAAAAUGAAAAAUAAAUAAUAGUUUAAAAAAAUAGUGUAAAUGCGUGGGGUGCAUGGUAUCAGUAGUUAUAAAUAUUUUAUGAACAGAUAUGAGUAGAGGGGUUAUUUUGAUAAUAUCCUGAAAAGCACCACACACUUUUUUUACAAUAAAAUCAUUUUUUCUUAUACUAUUUUUAAUUCAAAUGUAUUAAAAUGUAUUUUCUAUUUUUUAGUUGGAUUUUUUAUAAAAACGUAUUUUGUUAGUUUUCUUGAAACUAUUAUUUAUUUUCUGUUGGUCCGUUCUAUUUGGUAUCAGUAUCAAUAGUUCGAUGUUUUUAAUUGAACUUCAAUUAAGUUUACUCCAUUCAAACAGCCGAAGAAGUUUGUUUUGUUAUGAUUGUUUUUUUGGCAAAUUUUAAAUUGCUCUCCCGUCAAGUUGCAAGAAUGUCGCCUAAACGAAAUAGCCCCUUCGAUGUGUGUUUUUGAUACAAUAAAAUCGUCGUCGGAUAGAGAUAGAGAUACUUUUUUACCUUUGAGAGAUUACUGGUGGCCCGGAGGCCUUUCCAGUUUCACCAGGACAGGUGGGCGAGCAAAGGCUCAGCCAGGAGGGGUUGGAUUUGCUAACAGCUACCCGAGCGCCUCCGAAGGAGACCUAACAACUCAAGAGCAGCUGCUUCGCGAAUGAAUCUACUACCGGAUCGGAAUCGCGACCCACUGCGAAGAUCCGGCGAGAAACUUAGCAGGCUGAAGCUUAGGUUAGGUUUCACGUCGAACUCUUUAUCGAGUUCGACGAGUACGGUUACCGGGGUCCCUACUCCUAGUGUUAGAGCUAAAAGAUAGAUGCUUGGUUAUCGUUAGAUAAGCUUGUCCGCUGUUUUUAGAACGCCAAAAUCUGGUCGACUUAAUUAUAAUUAAUCUAUCGUAUUUUUAAGUUAAAAUAAAAAUGUAUUGCAAUUAUAUCAUAACUAUUAAACUGGGUUAUGUUGUUGAAACAAUGUUCGUUCGAUCGUAAGUUUUAUUGCAAUUGAGGAUAUCAGCGCAAAACUGGUCUAACCCACGAUUCAUAUUCGUGCUUACCUAUGUAUUGCAAUUUAUUUAAAACAUAAUCAAUUUUGAUGCAAAAUCGGUUCAAUCCCUAGUUUCAUCCAUAGAUAAUAGAUGCCUUUGUAAACAUCGUUUUAGCGCGUAUUUUUUUGCCUACGAGGUAUUUAUUGUAAUGAUAAAUUCGAACCUCAUUAUCUCCAUACUAUGGUAAGUUUAGGCCACUUUUGCGCUGACCGCCUCAAUCAUGGAGGGUAGAAAUAGGGAACACCAUUUGAGUACCAUCUGAUGUAUAAGUCUAUGUUGAAAGAAAGCCAAUUAAGAUGGCGCCACUGUAGCAAGUGGAAGGAUUUUAAAAACAGCGCUAUAAACUAUUAGAGCAGGAUAAAUUAAGAAGGAGAGAAACACUGCCUAAGUUUAAUUGGUUAUAGUGUAUUAUUUUAUUCACAUCAAAAUAAUGUUCAGUCCAGUAAAACUAUAGCACAAACUGAGUUUUAUUUGGCAUCAGCAUCGACAGUUCGAUAUUUCUAAUUCAAUCAAGUUAACUCCAUUCAAGUAUUUAAAGGUGUUUUUUUUUUUUCGAAUUUUAAACAAUAAAUGGCUCUCCUGUAAAUUUGCAAAAGAUGUCACUUAAACCAAAUAUCCUUUCAUCAGUCGAUAUAAAAGUGAAGGUACCUUUGACUGUUAUUGGGGGAAUUCCCGGAAAGUAUUUUGUUUUUGAAUAUUUAUUUUUCUGUGGCCCUCCGGCUUUUGUAGUAAAUUUAAUUAGCCCGCAAAGGUAUGUAGCUUGGACGGUUUUGUCUAGUUGAUCAGACGCUUUCGAAGUCGAAGAAAAUGAUGUUCAAAGAUUCCUUUACAUACAAACAUGCAAAUUUUGCAUUGCAUGCAUUCAAAUUUAACAAAAAAAAAAUCUUAUUUUCAAACUCUGUGACCCUAUUUCUAUAGGACUAAACAAAUAAAAAAUCAUUGAUUGAAGAAAAAUCAGAAUUGUCUAUAUAUUUUUACGUAAAAGAACCGAGAACUUUGGCAGAUUGACUGCGGGUGUUCCUGCAAUAUAAUUCUUUGUAAUUUAUUACGAUCGAUUUAGUAAUUAAGUAUAAUGUUUUACCGAAUUAAGUAAAUAAUAAUAAUAAUCGAAAUAUAUAAAUAUAUUUUAGUAA